AUGGCUGACAGCAAGGCCAAGCCUGCCAAAGCUGCCAACAAGACACCACCCAAGUCCCCAGGAGACCCAGCCAAGGACAAGGCUGCUAAGAGGCUGUCACUGGAGUCAGAGGGUGCAAAUGAGGGGGCAGCUGCAGCCCCUGAGCUCAGUGCCCUGGAGGAGGCCUUCCGGCGGUUUGCCGUACAUGGGGACACCAGGGCAACAGGGAAGGAGAUGCACGGCAAGAACUGGUCGAAACUGUGCAAGGACUGCCACGUGAUCGAUGGGAAGAAUGUGACCGUCACUGAUGUGGAUAUUGUCUUCAGCAAGAUCAAAGGGAAGUCCUGCAGGACCAUCACCUUUGAGCAGUUCCAGGAGGCACUGGAGGAGCUGGCCAAGAAGCGGUUCAAGGACAAGAGCAGCGAGGAGGCUGUGCGUGAGGUGCACCGGCUCAUUGAGGGACGAGCACCCGUCAUCUCCGGUGUCACGAAAGCUGUGUCCUCACCUACGGUGUCCCGGCUCACAGACACAACCAAGUUCACAGGCUCCCACAAAGAGCGCUUUGACCAAUCAGGAAAGGGCAAGGGCAAAGCUGGCCGUGUGGACCUGGUGGAUGAGUCAGGUUAUGUGCCUGGCUACAAGCAUGCAGGCACCUAUGACCAGAAGGUGCAGGGGGGCAAGUAGCCUGACAGGCCGAAGCUCUGGACACUGCAGGUGCCAGGCACAGGACUUACACCCAUUGCACUUCAUUACAUUCCUAUGUUCAACUGGGCAGAACUCAAAAUGCACCUCCACUAGGCAAUGGUAGGGGCAAUGCCCAGGCCUCCUCCUGCUGGGUGCUUUGACACUUCUCUCUCAGACCCCAGGUUUGGGCCAUCAUUCAUUGUCCUUUCCUAACAUACCUGCUCUGUCCACAGCUGGGAAGUGGACUGCUACUUCCAAACUGUCUCCCAGAAUCAUACCACAUUGUCCACUUGAUCUGCAGGUAAAAAGGGGUGUUUUGAGCGCUGGUAGGUAUAAGGAUGAGCAAAGCAGACAUCAGAACUCACUGACUUAUCCAGGCACUUCUAGGGCAGUAGGAGCUAAGGAACUAACCAACUGCAUAGAGUAAUUCAUCUUUCCUGACCAUAGGACAAGACUGAGGCUAUCUGGUUGUUGUGCCAGUGUGUGUGUGUGUAACAGCUCACAUCAGUACACAUGUGUACACACACACACACACA